GAAGCAGGUGAUCUUUUCACCGCUUGGGCGAGUAGUACCCCCCUCAUUUCUUCUUCUCCGGGCUCCGGAUCCCUCAAAGCGCUCUCGCCAAUUCCUCCCCCAUUCCAAAAAUUCAGUUAAUGUAAAACACAGACACUGCUCAACUUUUUCCAUACAGGAUUUCAUAUUUUUUAGCAAGUGGUGGAGUUUACUUGAAGGUUGAGAUGAGCAUAAAAAUUGGGGAAGCAUCUCACAAUAUGCAGAGCACUACAAUGGCUCCAACAACAAGUGCUGCAAAGAUCUCCAUCUUUGCCAACAAAUCUGGGUUUGUGAUACCAAAGAACAAGUUGUCAGGUUCUAUGGUUCCUGUCCUUCGAGGAGGUAAAAAGGAGGGUAGUGAGUCAGUAAAUGAAGAAAGCACUAAACUGGUGCGGAGGAAAACUAAGUGGGGCCCUGAUCUGACACAAGAUACAACUGUUAGGAAAGGAAGAGCCUUAGCAUAUCAGCAACUAUUCCAUACCAGGUGCCAAUAAAUGAUUUUGCUCCCUAUGUGAUGGUGCAAAUUUUGAGCAGACUCGUGUUGAUCAAAUAGCACAACAGCUGAGUUCAGGACCUAUGGACUGGGAAGAGAACCAAGACAGAUUAACAGCCUCUAGUAUUCUGGAUUAUAAACUUGAUGCUGAGAAAAUAAAAUCAUUGGAACUUGAAAAGCGAGAAGCCAUUGGUGAAGUUCUAAAACUAAAUCCUAACUAUAAGCCACCUGCUGGCUACAAACCUAUCCAGAAAGAAGGAAAAGUUCCUAUCCCUAUCAAAGAGCAUCCUGGGUACAAUUUCAUUGGCUUGAUCUUUGGACAUGUGAGUGACACUCAUAAACGACUGGAAAAGGAAACUGGAGCUAAAGUAAAAGUUUAUGGUAUUAAAGCAGAUACAGGACAAAAGGUCGAAGUUACCUCUGCUGAUGGAAAUGAAUCAUGCAGUUCAUACCAGGAGAUGUAUGUUCAAGUGUUGGCUGAUACAUAUGAGAAGGUUGAUGCUGCAGUGUCUUUAAUUGAACUGCUGGUCAACCCAGUUUCAGUAAAGGCAGGUUCUACAUCAAUGACUAUUUCUAGUAAUGGCAUGGCUGCUACUGAUAACCCAGGAGUGGUUCAACCAAUUGCAGGGUCUGGGGUUGCUCCAGCACAUGGCCAUUUCCAACAAUAUCCAUGGUUUCCUGGAAGUGCAUCUCAGAAUACAAUUGCUACACUACCGGGAUCAAUGUCCUCUACGGAUCCUCCAGCUGCUGUAGUUGGCAACCCAAUCAGAGUAUCUUCACUGCCAAACCCCUCAAGUACACCCUCACUAUUUGGCUCACCAGGUAUGGUAGCUGGGCUUGGUUCGGUUCCUCAAAAUCCUUCACUUGUAUCUUCAAGACCGAAUACACCUCUAGUUUCUCAGCAGCCAUACAUGCCUCUCACUCCACUUGGACAAAUUGGUGCUCCUAGAAAUCCUCUGGUGACUGCUUCUGAAUCUACAGCUUUUCAUCAGAAUAUGGUAGUUCCACCUCAAAUAUCUGUUAACCAAUCCAUGGCAACAGGGACCUCACAAGUUUUCAGACCGCCUAUCUCUAACCAAUCACUGCCUUCUGCUGGGGGCCAUACUGGAUGGUCAGGAUGGAACUCUCCAGUGGCUCAAGGUACAAACAUGAUGCCAAUGACUCCACCGAUUGCUGCCGCACAAGGAAGUCAUCCAUUGGUCUCAAAUCCCAUGGGUAUUUCUGUUGCACCACCAGUAGGCUUUCCACGUGGUAAUCCUUCUGGUUCUGCACCAGCUGGUAUAGUUGUUAAUCAGCAGCCAACCGCACAAGGAAGUCAUCCAUUGGUCUCAAAUCAAAUGCGGCACCCUCUUCCACAACAUCCACCAUCUGGUCAUCCUAACUCAACACUUCCACCCCAACCUGUAAUCCCAAACUCUGUAACUGGAAGGGCUUCGAACUUUGAUGCCAUGAAUCCCCUUUCUAUAGGUGCUCCAAGACCACAGCAAUCUGGUUCCAGUGAUUUUAUAUUCCAGCCUCACAGGCCAAAUUCUGCCUCUCAAGUUAUUCCAAGGCCGGUUAGUCGUUUUGAUCCUCCGAAUAUUCCAUUACAAAACCAAUUAAUUCAGCCAGGUCAUGCACCUCAGACCCCAUCUAUUAGACCAGAAAUGCGCAACUUGAACCCCUCACAUGCAUUGCCGAGUUUCCCUGAACUCCAAGUAAACAACAGAAUGAUUCAGCGGCAACCUGUACCAGUCAACUUUUCUGGAGGUCCUGCUGGCCCUCCACCUCCAAUUAGGCCCAUGCCAUUUCCAAAUUCAGGUAAUCCAUCUACAAUUUCUUUUGCUCACAUGCAUCCAAGGAACUUCAAUCCAGUGGCUCCACCGGUGAACUCUGGUAGUUAUCCUCCUAGAACAGGAAACCUGAUGUUUCACCAGAAUAAUCCAGCAAUGAUGACUCAUCCACCAAACUUUCCAACUUCGAACAACGAAUUUCGACCCAGUAAGCCAGCCCCUGGCCCUUUUGGAGUGCAGCAAACAUAUGAUCCCUUUUCACCAACAUCUCUCUCUUAAGCAGCUUCCCAGUGGUAGUGCAAAAGGCACAAAAAACUUGGAGUUAUCUUGAGUGCAUGAACUCAGUUGCCCAACCAAGUCAAGUGAGCUUUUCUAGCCAGUUCUAAUUUGUUCAGAUGCACUUGGGAACUAAUAGGACUAAGCUGAAGAAGGCAUGACACUGCUGUGUUGGUAAUUCACAAAUGUUUACAGUUCAUGAACUGCUUCCUUAACAUAGAUAAGCAAGUAGGUUCUUUCUGCUCUAAUAGUUGAUUGUACUAUUAAUACUUUCUAGGGUUAGAAAACUUGCCCCCCCACCCUCCCUAACAAAGGGGGAAAAAAGGGUGAAAAAAGAUUCCUUUAGUUUUGUUAUUUGAAUUUGAAGUAGGAGUACAUUAUACAGUCGAAAUGGUUGAGCAAAAGUUUAAUCAGCUGACCAAACUCCAAAGUGUUGUCAAGUUAUCAAUUUGUGAUUGUUCAAUGUGCUUUUCCUCUUA